CUCCGAGCCCUGGCCUGACUCGCGUGCCGUGAUGUUGUUCCCGUGAUGAUUAGAUCCAUCUGUCAUGAGGCUCCGGGAGGGACGACGAUCGGAGAAUCCUCCCUUCGCCAAGACUUCCUUUUCAUCAGAACAUGGACGAGGUCGUGUGUUGAGCUUCCGAUCCCUGAGUCUUAGUGAGGCGAUUCCAAGUUUCUAUCAUUCGAUACAAGGUUUGUUUUUUUUCAGCUCGGGUGCGUUGUUGCAAUGAAAUGAGGACCCUUUUCUUUUUCUCCUCAUCAACCAACCAACAACUCGGCCGAGUUACAUUCUGCACCGUUACACGUCACAUUCGAAACUUGGAGAAAAGACCUGGAGAAGGCCAUCCAUUCUCCUGGUAAACUUAAAAGAUGAAAUGUCAAAAUUCCAGAAGAACAUGUCUGAGGAAUGGUUGCAUCCAGCAACCAAGAACCACUGUUUGUCCUUAUCAAAUUCCGAUUCAAGGCGGAAUGAUCCCUUGACCCACUGAUAGAUAAGUGCCGUGAGGCUCCCAGUGGGUCAAGUCAUGCACGGUCUCGGUGAGGCGGCACCUGUGGAUCCUUGAAAGAUCUUCCUUGGCGGGCGACCAUCGGAGGGGACAGGGAUGAGUGCAAUGCACGCGCUAGGUUAGUGAAAAGCUUCCAUACGGUUUCCAGAGAAUCUUUGGGUGCAAAUCAGCUGGUGUUUUUCUUGUCUAGGCGAGAUGUGAUGACGACAUUGUUUGGUGAUGUGGCACUAAGGAGUUGAUGAAUUUUCCAAACACCAAAGCACUGACUAGUAUUUCUAUGUGAGGAUAUGCCUAAGCCUUACCGGAGCUCUUUGAGCUUGGCUUGAUAAGAUAUUCAUUUUACCUUCGCUUCCUAACAUGAGAGAAAUUAUAAUCACCUGUACAUAUUGAUCAGCACUCAGGGAACGAAGGAACCAACAGCUUAAUAUAUUUUUUAGAAGCCAUAAAAUCCAAUACUUUUAAAUUCCAUCUUAUUGAUUACUGUGUAUACAUAUAUGAGAAUUUGUUUAGAAUUCGUAAUCGUCCUUUCAAAGUCCCAAUCCAUCCGCUUACCCUAGAAGAAGAUAAUUUAACAACACCUUUUUAAAGCUACUAUAGAAAACUAUUACGUUGCUACCUCAAGCCUUAGGUAAACUAUAUAAAUCGAAGCAAUUCAUCCAGCACAGUACUUCGAGGGCGGUAAUCGCGCAUCUCGUUGGCAUCAGUCGAUCAGUGGGGAGAUCACAUGAUCCCCACUUCCUAGCAGAAACCAUAAAACCAAUACGCUCAACAACCCCUCCUCAACACUCACGAGCCAUAUCCCCAUACACAUCCACAUCAAAUCAACCAAAAUGGUCUACACAAUCGUUGUCCACCUCUACGCCAAAGACGACGAGGAGUCCCUCAAGAAGCUCACCGCCAAGCUUAUCGAGGCUAGCCGCGUCUACUCCCAGGACAAGGAGACCCUCUCAUGGCACGUCAUGCAGUCCACCGCUGACCGACGGGCUUUCACCAUCGUUGAGCGCUAUGAGCAAGAGAGCAGCCAGAAGUAUCAUCUUGAGAACCCUUACUGGAAGACUUUCGACCCUUACGUCAUUCCCCUGCUGGAGAAGCCUAUGGACCUGAGAAGAUUUGAGGAGCUUGAUACUAGCAAGGACGUUGAGGUUCCUCAAUAAAUGUAGUUGAGUCAAUUGAAUAUCUAUUGAGUUGCUAGAACUAAAAAUCAUGAUUCUGGCGUUAUGAAGACUGCUUCCACAGUGUCAUUAGCCUCAUCCUGUACAUGACUGAGUACUGAGUAGAGUUGCUUAAUAUACCAUAUCAAACCUCCAAUGCCUAAAGCAUUGUUGCGGAUAGACCAAAAGUCACUUGCUCACCUUCAGCGCAGGGUACUUCGGCAACGGCCACCCUGCCUUCUCUUCACUCGAAAACCUUGAAAUAAGAUAAGGAAUUCUCAGAAGGCAUACAAACCAUGCAAUCCACUGAACAAUUGUAACACCCAAUUGAGUAUCAGGUAUAGCCCACCGGAUAAGCCCAAGCUUGAUAUUCUGAACCUCGUCAACAAAUGGUCGUAGCACUUUGUCGUAGUUCUCAAAGGCCAAGGACAAGUUCUCGGGGUUCUUUUGAAUCUCACCCGCUAGCACAUAGGCACCGAUGAAGCCGAGUGUAGUUCCCAUACCGCUGAACGGAGAGGGGCAAUAAGCUGCGUCACCUAGGAGGACCACGCGGCCUUUAUGCCAAGCAGUUGUCUGAACUUGGACAACUUCUUGAGAGUAAAAGUUCCCAGUUGUCUUCAUGCCCUCCAGGAAACGCUCUGUUUGCCAUCCUGCACCGCGAAACCUUUGUGUCCAAAACUCUUUCUGCUGCUCAACUGAACCUCUAUGAAUACUGGAGACUUCAGGAGAAUCGUCCUUGAGAAUGAGAUAAACUUGUGUCUCUGUUGAGUUGUGGGUUCGACGGAAUAUCAUUCGACCUUGUGAAGCUUGAUAUGUCCUGCGGAUAUUACUAUCCCCUUCUUCGCGUGGGAUGAAAUAAUAAGCCAUGUGAAUACCCAGUUUUCGGUAAGGAUCCGGAGCAUCCGCUGGUUCAAUUGCUUUUCGAAUUCUUGAGCCUUGACCAUCUGCUCCAACAAGGAUAUCAAAGGUAUCCGAUGUCCCAUCAGAGAAGUGCGCAAGUACGCUCUUAUCGUCUUGCUCGAACUUCUCAACAGUUUUGUUGAAGAUAUACUUGACGUCAUCCUUCGUCGCAUCAUGUAGAAUCCUUACAACGUCUCCCCUCAUUAUUUCGAAUUCAGAAGUUAUGGACUGGGCGCCUUUGCCUGAUGUAUUGGCGAGCACUGUUCCCAAGAUCUUUCCAUUGGUAUCGACGAAAGCAACGCCUGCUUCGUCAACCAGUCUUGCGCGAAUCUCGUCCAUGAGGCCCAUUACUUUGAGAGUUGCAAUGCCUUGUUCACGAAAGUCGAUCUGUGCACCAGUUGCGCGUAGGGCUGGGAAGCGCUCGACGAUGGUUACGCGAUGACCGAGACGGGUGAGCCAGAAGGCCAAGGCUGGUCCGGCACAACCGCCUCCGCAUAUCAGGACUUUCAAAGUUGCCAUUGGAGUAGGAGUGACGUUAUUAUAAGUAAUGUGUAAGCUGUUUUUUCUUUUCCCGCACUUUUACCAAGUGUAGUUUUGGUCAGUCAAGCACGAACGGAAUGAAAGAAAUAACGGAUGAGAUAAUUGAAGAACCAUAUAAUAUUUUCAUGUGAGAAUGAAGAUAUUGUGGCGUUUUAUACACGUCGUCUUUGCACGCAACGAAUCCUUCGAGGACUCAUCAUACGCAAUAAGACGGAUGUGCGGCAUGGCCAAACCAGCCAAUGACAUCAUAGACAACAACACCUCUAGUUCUUCAUUCAGCUGCAGUUAGCCCGAGCUUACGGUUUCAGAGCUUUGAGGCUGAGAAGGCUUGCGAUAAUCGAACGGGUAAGUUAUUCAGGCACAUUGAGUCACUUG